UGCUAGUUGGCCCUGUCUGUCAUUUAUACCGCACUAGUGAGUCUUCAUCUACCCCCCCCCACCCUCCGGUGAUUCCCAUGCUCAGUCGCUCUGAUCCUGACUCGCCUGCCUUCCCUCAGGACCGUACAAUAUGGCUCCCCCUCAGAUCUGCGUGAUCGGCUCCCUGAACAUCGACUUUGUUACCUACACCCCGCGUUGCCCUGAUGCCGGCGAGACGUUAACAGCCUCCUCCCUCGCUAUCAGUGCCGGAGGCAAGGGUGCCAACCAGGCCGUCGCAUGCGGUCGCGCCUCCUUUGCUUCUAAAGACACCCAGAAUGUAUCCGUCUCCAUGAUCGGAGCGGUUGGUGCGGAUGACCCCUACUAUGCAGCUCUUCUGCGGCCAACACUGGAGGGCUCCGGUGUCAGCACAACGGGUAUCAAGCAGAUGAAAGACAACCAGACGGGCUCGGCCACCAUCAUCGUGGAUGAAGGCGCAGGAGGGGAAAAUCGCAUCCUGUUCGUCCCCGGUGCCAACUAUACAGGCAUGGACAAUGCCGAGGCUGUUCUCGCCACUACCCGGGAUAUUCAUCUCGAGCAGGGCGUGGUCGUGAUGCAGGGCGAGAUCCCGAGGGCAACCACACUGGGGCUGAUGCAGCACUUCAAUGACCCGGCCUGCCGCUCUCACCUCAUCUUUAACCCCGCCCCGGUCUUUACGGAAGGUAUCCCACUUUCGGCACUGGCAGGUACCAGUGUGCUGGCCAUGAACGAAACCGAGGCCGUGCUCAUGACGAAGACGGUCCAGGAGUUCCUGACCCUUCCACAACAGACCCAGGACCUGAAACCCGAGGAACUUGCCCCGCUCUUCCACAAACACGCCCAGGUGCAGAUUGUACUGAUCACGCUUGGCGCCAAGGGUGCCUAUUACUCCACCAUCACCGGCAAACAGGGCUUCGUCCCUAGCGCAGCGGUCGAGAAGGUGGUGGACACUACCGCCGCUGGAGACACCUUUGUCGGUUACUUUGCCGCUGCUUUGGCCGAAUUCGUCGCCACGGGUGCUCCGCUGGCCGGCUUCGAUGCUCAGAUCGAUACUGCCGUUCAGAAGGCUAAUGUGGCCGCUGCAGGGUGUGUGCAGAGAAAGGGUGCGAUGCAGAGCAUUCCAUUCGCCUAUGAGAUUUGAGUGACGGCUGCUCGUAUGAUUAUAUCGUUACAAAUGAUGAACAGCGGCCGGUCAUCCUCCUGCCAGAGAUGGUAGAGUCCGCUUCGGAGCUUCUCAGCGAAGCCAGACGGCAAUGCAAUUGAUUCGCACCAAAGUCCGGCAGAAAUCAAUGUAGCGCUCUGCGGCAUAACUUGAAAUCCGGAGGCGUCAAUGUUCAGCCUGACCAG